UGAUGCUGCUGGACCAAGUACCCAGUGGGAACAUGGGGGGGGAGUGAAGGUCAACAGCUGCCACACACAAUGGGUUAAAGCUUUCAAUCCCUGGAGCAAAACACCAGCCCCAAUCAAGCCCAUCAGAACCCAUCCAAGCCACACUGCACCAUGUCAAGAACCUCCGGAGGAGACAAACUGCUUAACGAGCUUGGCUACAAGCUGGGCCAGACCCUGGGUGAGGGCAGCUACUCCAAGGUGAGGGUAGCCACUUCAGCCAAAUACAAGGGCCCACUAGCAAUCAAGGUGGUGGAUCGGCGACGGGCACCCCCCGACUUUGUACACAAAUUUCUGCCAAGGGAGCUCUCCAUCCUGCGGGUGAUCCGGCACCCCAAUAUCGUGCGGGUCUUUGAGUUCAUUGAAGUCUGCAAUGGGAAACUCUACAUCGUGAUGGAAGCAGCGUCCACUGAUCUGCUCCAGCUGGUGCAGCAGCUUGGGAAACUACCUUGUGUCCCCGAAGCCCGGGACAUCUUUGGACAAAUUGUGAGUGCCGUGCGUUACCUUCAUGACCGGAAUCUGGUGCACCGGGACCUCAAGUGUGAGAAUGUCUUGCUCACUUCCGAUGGCCGCCGGGCAAAGCUCACAGACUUUGGCUUUGGCAAGGAGGCAAGUGGCUACCCAGACCUGAGCACCACCUACUGCGGAUCAGCUGCCUAUGCCUCUCCCGAGGUGCUGCUGGGUAUACCUUACGACGCCAAGAAGUACGACAUAUGGAGCUUGGGUGUGGUGCUCUACGUGAUGGUGACCGGCUGCAUGCCCUUCGAUGACACCCACAUCCACAGCAUGCCCCGCCGCCAGAAGAAGGGAGUCCUCUACCCUGAAGGUCUGCCCCCUUUGCCUGAGCCCUGCAAAGCCCUCAUCACCCAGCUGCUCCAGUUCAGUCCAGCCUCUCGGCCCGGGGUGGGACAAAUAGCCAAGAACUGCUGGCUGAAAGGGGAUAUCUGAACAGGAUUGGCUCCCCCAUACAUUCCAGGCCUAGAACAUGUGCAGGGGCCGCUGGGACACCAACCUUGUGGAGCUGCCUGUUCAACAGAUACUGACAAUGAGGAGCUGGACACAAGUGGAGUCAUUUAAAGGUGCAACAGCCACCUGGAGCUGAUAUAGUAGGAUUCAAGUGAUGAUGUGAUCAUACAUUGCUAGAUGCAAGUUAAAGGCCCAACCACUCUAUGAAGCUGUGAGGCAGGUUGGAUUUCAAAGGACAGGCACCAUAAUGAGCUAGUAGCAAGAAUGAAGAAUGGGGCUGCUUAAAGAAACAUUGACCAUGGGGAACACUGGCACCAUCCACUCUCCACUGGCAGAGGACAGAGAUGCCCCAUCCCCUACAGGGAGGUUUGGACUUCACCACACAGCCUGAAAGGGGGAGCAUGGGGCUGAGAUGGUGGGAGGAACAGCAGCAAAGAUCUGUGUGUUGCCUGCUCCGGAAUGAACUAUAAUAAACGCGGAGGUUCCCAUGUG